GCUCGCAUUUGUUCGAGUUCGGUGAAUAGGCUAUUUUGUGUGAUCGAUUAAAAAAUAUUUUAAGAAAAAUGAAUACAAUUCUGCUACUCGUCUGCAUAACUACCUACACUCAUCUAACACUUGCACGUCCCGAUGUCAGUCUCGGUUAUCAGUAUCAGCCCGGUUAUAGCAGCUCCGGUGGUGGUUUGUUGCAGACACCACACGCACCUAGCAGCAAUUAUUUCAGCCCAGUACCGACCUUCUCUCAAAAUGUGGGGAUAGGGAGUACUGCCGGCUCCGGUUCGAGUUUCGGCAGCUUUGGUUACAAUGGCAAUAGCGGUGGUUCUUCAUACUCCUCUGGCGGCUAUGGCGCCUUGUCUAGCAGUUUUGGUGGAGCAGGCGUUUUUAGCGGCUCAACGGGCGGUAAUGAUUAUCAAGCGGGCUAUAACUCUGCCAAUAUACACUAUUCGCACCAAUCGUCGAACUUCGUUGGCCGUGCGCCGAUUGUAACCAAACACUUCUGGCUACACUCCGCACCGGAGGAUCAUGAUGAGCAACAAAUUGUGCGUUAUAUAAAUAUUGGACAGCCACGCAAGAACUAUAACGUCGUAUUCAUUAACACGCCCUCAUCUAGUGUGAAUAAGGCUAAAAUCAUCGCUAAUGUUGCGCCAGUUGAGGAUAAGACGGCUAUUUACGUUUUGGCCAAGAAAGCGAACGCUUUGGACGUAAGCGCUGAGGUCGCUACACCAGCGCCAAUCGUCAACAAGCCAGAAGUGUUCUUUAUUAAGUACAAAACACCGGAGGAAGCGGUGCAUGCGCAACACACCAUUCAAGCUCAAUUUGAUGCUUUGGGCGGUUCCAACCACCUCUCCAAUGAAGGCUCUAUUCCAGUAUCGUCCGUCAUUGGCAGUUUGGGAGGCUCAGUUGGCAGUGGGGAUGAUCAUAUUGAGGACUCACAUAUAGUGAAUUCUGGACCAUCCAUUACCGUGAGCUCCAGUGACUCAAGCAACGGUGCGAUUCAGAAUUAUUUGCCACCAAAUCACAAGUAAAACGUGAAUUCGUAUUGUGCAAGCUCCAUAGAUAUGAAUGAAGGUUUAAGUUUGCAUGAACUUCAAAGAGGGUUUGUUGCGGCUAACUGAAGCGCUCUUUUAAUUUACAUUUUGAACCUUAGACGAAGUUAGUCUCAUAUAUUUAAUAAAAGUAUUACCAUUUUUAUAAUUUUUAAUAUUUUAG